GGACAAAAAAGGAGGAGAGCAGUCCCCGAUUAUACCGCCCCCCCCAAAUUCCAACAGAGGAGGCUCCUUUUGAGGAAGGGCCACCUCAGGAGUUGAAAAGCAGCCUCCUUCUCCUCUCCCCGCCCCCUCCCGCAGCACAAACAGAAAAGACUCCCCCAGGCGUGUGCCACCCAUGGGGGAACGCAGGAGCCCGGAGUGGGAGCCCGCAGCGCUCCUCAAGAGCGCCGUCCAGCCAGCGCUGCUGGUCUCCUGCGCCUUCCUGCUGUACCUGUGGGGCAGAAAGAGGCCCCGGCGGGCGCCGGGCAAGAGCCCCCCUGGCCCCGUCGGGUGGCCCCUGCUGGGCAACGUGCUGCAACUGGGCCGCCUGCCGCACCUCACCUUCUGCGAGCUGGCGCGGCGCUACGGCGACGUCUUCCAGCUGCGCCUGGGCAUGCGCGCCAUCGUGGUGCUGAACGGCGAGGCGGCCAUCCGGCAGGCGCUGGUGCAGCAGGGGGGGCUCUUCGCCGGCAGGCCCGACUUCCCGUCCUUCCACCUGGUGUCCGGCGGCAAGAGCAUGGCCUUCGGGCGCUACACGGAGCGCUGGCGGGCCCAGCGGCGGGUGGCGCACGCCACGCUGCGCGCCUUCUCGACGGCCAACACGCCCAGCAAGCGGCUCUUCGAGCAGCACGUGGCGGCCGAGGCGCAGGAGCUGAUCGACGGGCUGGUGCGGCUCAGCGCCGGCGGCGCCUAUGUCAACCCCGCGCCGCUGCUGACCGUGGCCAACGCCAACGUGAUGUGCGCCCUCUGCUUCGGGCAGCGCUACAGCCACAGCGACGGCGAGUUCCGCGCUCUGCUGAGCAGGAACGACCGCUUCGGGCAGACGGUGGCGGCGGGCAGCCUGGUGGACGUGCUGCCUUGGCUGCAGGCCUUCCCCAACCCGGUGCGCAGCGUCUUCCGCGACUUCCAGGCGCUCAACCGCGAGCUGCACGACUUUGUGCGCGCCAAGGUGGCGCAGCACAGGCGCACCUUCCAGGACGGGGCGCCUCCGCGCCACAUCAGCGACGCCAUCCUGGAGCGCAUGGAGCGGGGCCCCGGGGCGCAGCAGCAGGGCCUGGUCGGCGACUACGUGGAGGGCACGCUGACCGAUCUCUUCGGCGCCGGCCAGGAUACCACUUCCACCGCCCUGGCCUGGGUGCUGCUGCUGCUCCUCAAGCACCCGCUGCUCCGGCGGCAGCUGCAGGCGGACCUGGACCGGGUGGUCGGUCGCUGCCGGCUUCCGACGGCGGACGACCGCGCCUCCCUGCCUCGCCUGGAAGCGUUCCUCUACGAGACGUUCCGUUACAGCAGCUUCGUGCCUGUCACCAUCCCGCACGCCACCACUGCGGACGUGCUCCUGGACGGCUUCAGCAUCCCCGAGGGCACGGUGAUCUUCGUUAACCAGUGGUCGGUCAACCACGAUCGCCUGCGCUGGAAGGACCCGCAUGUGUUUGACCCGACGCGCUUCCUGGACGCCCCGCAGGAGAAUCUCGACCGCGAUCUCACCUGCCGAGUCAUGCUCUUUUCGGUGGGCAAGAGGCGCUGCAUCGGGGACCAGCUCGCCAAACUGCAGCUCUUCCUCUUCACGGCUAUCCUCUUGCACCAGUGCGAACUGGAGGCCAACCCUGCCGAGGAGCUGACCAUGGACUGCGAGCACGGGCUAGCUCUCAAGCCCCUGCCGUACACCGUGUCUGUGACGAGGCGAGGCGCUCUUUCGAGCGCGGAUGGAGGGAGCCCCACUAGAGAAGCAGCCGCCUGUGCCUCUUAACGCCGGAGCGACGAUGCCUCUCCCCUCGAGGCGCUCCUCUAGUUCUCUAGGUAAGCGCUCUAGUGGCCUCGAGAGGAGACCGCAGUCGGCUCUCCAGGUGUCUUCCCCGGUUCCCAAAGCCCUUUCCCCCGCUCUUACUGCGUCCUACUAGGUAAAGGUAAAGUGUGCCGUCAAGUCGAUGUCGACUCCUGGUGCCCACAGAGCCCUGUGGUUUUCUUUGGUAGAAUACAGGAGGGGUUUACCAUGGCCUCCUCCCGCACAGUGUGAGAUGAUGCCUUUCAGCAUCUUCCUAUAUCGCUGCUGCCCAAUAUAGUACCAGCAGGGAUUCGAACCGGCAGCCUUCUGCCCUACUACUGUGGCUUUAAUACCAGCUUGCUCUGCAGACACUAGCAAGCAGGCGAGAAUGCUUAUCUGCAAAGCUAACCUUGGGGUUUCUGCACACCAUCGAGCACUUGUUGAAGUCACAGGGACAGGCUAGUUCCCUUUGUUCAAGUACUCAGCCUGCAAGCCACACACUCACUUUCUCUUUUAUUGCCCAAACAGCUUACCUGGGGUGUCCCAUUUUUUAAUGUCUUAGAACAUAGCAUACGGUAGUAUACGCUUGCUAAAACAGGCUGUUGGAAUGGAGCCUUAGUCCACUGAUAGAGCUCAUGCAAAAGUAAGGUCACAGGUUCAAUCCCUGGCAUUUCAAGGUCGGAUCCAAAGCACUGAAGAACUACUGGCAAUCAGAAUAGAUAGAACUGGACUAGACAGGUGAAAGGUCUGACUCAACAGAUUGCUGAGUUCAUAUGAGAUGAGACACAGACGCUUUCCUAAAUUAGGGAUUCUUUGGAACGCUUGUGGCUGAAAUAAGAGACUUUUGUGGAAGGGUUACCUUCUGUGGGACUGUGAUAUGUUGGAAUACCAAAUGCUUCUUUAAAACAGGCAUGUGUUGUAAAGAGAGCUUCCAAGCCUAGUGUGCUGCUAGAAAAAUGCUCCCAGGCUCUCCUGUUCUCCAAAUAAUUUUUGCCUAGUAAUUUUUCAGUUUGCCAUUGAUCUGCACUGCUGCUCCAAAAGGGGCUUUAGGGCCAGGUGGUGUGACAAAUUACUGCCGGAAAGCACCGUAACAUGUCACCAGGGCCGGACUGGGGGCACUGAGAGGGCAGUGGGAUGUAUGUGGGGAGGGCGCCGGGUUUUGAGGAGAAUGGGUACUUAAGGGUGGGAGUAUUGACUGCUGCUGAGUGUGGUGGGGUGCAGGGGCGCCCUGCGGGUGGGGUGCACCAGGAAUAUGCCCUGUGGGCCAGUCCAAGCCUUCAUGUCACCAGUGUGUAGACAGUCGCAGUGACAAGAAUCCAUUCAGCUUCAUGUUCAUGGGCCACAACCGGAGGCUGCCUCCUGGCCCAUGUGCACAUGUGGGAAAACCAACUUGUGAGCAUGAGGUAACUGCAAGCUUUCCCUUUUGGAAAUGCAUUGUAUUGGAAGCAGGCCUAAGUUACACCAACCAAGAAGAGAAAAGUGGCAAUCUCUACCCAUGAGGGUAAGGAGCAGGCAAACCACACUUAUAGCAAACCCCUGGCAGUCACUUGGUUUAAGGCAGGGGUUCUCAAAUUGGGGUCCCCGGAGGUUAUUGGACUACAGCUCCCAUCACCCUCAGCCACAAUUUCCUCUUGCCAUUGUGGCUGGGGUUAAUGGGAGUUGUAGUCCAGCGACCUCUGGGAACCCAAGUUGGAGAACUCCUGGUUUAAGGAAAAGCAGCUUUGGGAGCAGAGAAGCAGCUGUGGAGGGGUGUGUAUCCUCCCGCUUUCCCCCUUUUUCCUGCUCAAACUCCUCCCAGCUGCUGCCCUACUCCUACAGGGUUUCAGACACACACACUUGCACAACAAACCUGUGGCUGGGAGCUUGUGAGAGGGAGUGACGGAUGCGGGGGACGUUUUAGUGGGAAAGUGAAGGCUGAAGUCCCCUCCUUGCUUGCCAUUUCUCGGCUCCAAAUCAGCCCCUGCUGAAGCCGCUUUUCCUUGGAAGAGGUGGCCAUGCGGGAGUUGCUAACACACUUGUAUGUCAUGCAUAACCUUCUCUCUCCCGCUAAGUUCUUGGAAAGACUGUCUCAGAAUGUUCCUUAUGUGGUUGCCCAAGAAGCAAUGAUUGAUUCUGCAAUCAUCUUCCUUCAAGCAUGGAAGCAACUAUCAGUUUUUAGCAGCUUUGUCACUCUCAGUUAAAGCCAAAAUAUAAAAGCAAAUAUUUUCAGUGCACAGACUUGGCAGCUUUUUAUAAGCUUGCUACUCUUAGCCAGAGAGUAGGGAAUGUUUUGGCUGUGUGUCUUGGCAUUGGUUUGUAGUGAGGAGCUGUCCUCCUUCUAUUAUGAACUAGUGAUCCCUACCUGAAAUGCAACCCAGUAGUAGCAAGUGAGGAGAGGAUUGUUACGUUUUGACAUGAAAUCGAGACACUUAAAUCUCCUCACUCGGUGCUUUUAUUUCUUACGAGUUUCCUACCCCAAUAAAAGGCUGUAAAGGGAUUAUGGUUUUUAUGGUGGAGAAAAUAAAGCUUCAAAAUCCAAAGGGGUUACUACAGACAACAGUGGAGCUCCUGCAGAGUAGAGUUUGGCGUGUGGAGUCUAAGAGCUUCCUGGCUUUUUACUCAGAGUACAGCCAGUUACAGAGCUCUGUCCCUGACCUGGUACAAAGUAUUUAAAUAUAGUGGGACAUAAGAGUGAGGCUUCUGUGGUAUCCAUCCAUCCACCCCUGGACAUCAUAUAAGAUAUAAAUGUUUUGGUUCAUGCAGCCCUACCUUUGUAGGCUGUCAAGGCUUGUCAUGUAAUAGCAUGUUUCAUACACAGAUGGGGGUGAAGGGAAAAAAGCACCUGCUGAUUCACUCCAGCACCACCUCACGUACAGGAUCAGCAGAUGGCGGGAAAGAGUACUAUGUGAACUAGCACUUUGCAGUGUGUCGGGGUGGGUAGAACAAUAGUUUUCAGCAGAAGAAAGUGAUACUGAUGAAAUGGCACCGUUACAUUGCAUAGCAAUAGUCUGUUUGAGUGCAAGUCAAAUCUGCACCUGCAUACUUGCUCUUUGCUGAGAUGCUGUAUCCCAGAAGAAAUUGAGUUGUGUUGUGCAGCCAUUUCUUCUUCCCAGCAGCCUUUAUAUCUUUGCCUAGUAAGUCACCUAUCCAGAGAAAGUGAGUUUUUUUAAGCCUGAAUAAUAUAUUUGAGGGCCAAACUUGGCAUUGUUCUAUUCUCAGAUUUGAAUGAAGAUCUCUUUUCCAUAGAUAGCACUUUCUUUUGUAUUAUGUUGUAAUAAGCAUUACUUGAGCAUUACUUAAUGUUUUAAUAAAUGUGAUGCUGUCCUCUCUGAAUAAAGAUCUUCACACAA